CACCGCUUCAUAUCUAGCGGUUUUCUUUAAUUUUGGUUUCACCAGCUAAAUAAUUUACUUUCACAGUUUCACCACCUACCGUGGUUUCCUUGUUUUCCGUCGCAGUAAGUUCCCAAAAUUCCAAUCUAAAAACAACGGGAAAUCCGAUUUGCUCGCAUCAAUAAACCAGGCAUAGACCGGGGAAGAAAAGAGAGAGAAACUAGAAGAAAUGGAGAUGAAGCAGAUCUACGUUCUGGCGGCUCUUUUGUUGAGCUUUGUCGGCCGAAUCUCUUCCCUCUCCAUCACCGUCAACGACGUCGAGUGCGUCUACGAGUAUGUCUUCUACGAGGGAGACGCCAUCUCCGGCAACUUCGUGGUCGUCGAUCAUGAUAUCUUCUGGGGCUCCGACCACCCUGGCAUCGAUUUCACUGUCUCCUCACCUGGAGGAAACGUUGUGCACAACAUAAAGGGGACAUCUGGGGAUAAGUUUGAGUUGAAGGCGCCAAGAAGCGGGAUGUACAAGUUCUGUUUUCACAAUCCCUACUCUACGCCAGAGACCGUGUCAUUCUACAUUCAUGUGGGUCACAUUCCCAAUGAGCAUGAUGUUGCAAAAGAUGAGCAUUUGGACCCAAUUAAUGUGAAAAUUGCCGAGCUGAGAGAGGCGCUGGAAUCUGUUACAGCAGAGCAGAAGUACCUGAGGGCACGAGACAAUAGACAUCGGCACACAAACGAGAGCACAAGAAAGCGUGUUAUUGGAUACACCGUUGGAGAAUACCUUUUGCUGGCUGCCGUGAGCUCACUUCAGGUUUUAUAUAUCCGCCGCCUCUUCAGCAAGUCGGUGGCGUACAAUCGUGUUUAAGUGAGGGAUCAGUCGAUCUAAGUUAUUGUCCAUUAAGUUACGAGUUAAUAGAGGAAACUAGUAGAUGAACCUAGAAAAAUGUAUGCUUUAUACAAAAAGAAACCCAGCUGGGUCUUUUUUGAACUGUUAACAGUUUUUGCAUCCUAAUUACAAAGCUCUUUCCAGGACACGCAUGUUUAACCGAGUAUAAUCAACUACACUUUGAUGCAUGUUCAAGCUUCAAAAAGAAUUUCCAGUUCCCUGUAACUUCUGUGGAGAACUGGGUUUCAGUGUCUUGGGAGUUGGGAAUGUCCGUCUGCCAGUUGAGGUGUAGUCCCCCGCUCCAUCUUCUCCAUGGUUGAUAUGCUCAAACAUCAAUCUCGAAUUUGAAACCAUUGUUGUGUAAACCGAGGAAGAAAAGGAAAGAUGGCUCUCGGGGGAUUUGAGUAUGGGCCAUUCAUAACCUGACUCUUUGGAGGACAUUGUGGAAGUAACGCUCAUGCUUAGCUCAAGGUUGUUGGACAGUCAUGUAGUAGGAGGCUAUGACUGCGGAACUGUUAUGAACGCAGAGGGGACAGGGUUGACGCGGCAAGAAACUCUUAUGAACUCUGGCAGAUUAGGUUUACGAGCUUAAUAUGUGCAGUUGAUCUGAUCAGUCGGCAUUCAUACACUCAACAAACACGAAACAAAUGAUCCUGAUUGCC